CAGGCGAGGAAGACGACGGAGGGCAGCCUGCGGGAGCUGCAGGAGCAGAACGACGACCUGAGGAGGAAGGCGCUGGGGCUGGAGACGCAGCUGAAGGAGUACGAGCGCUUGGGCGAGAACUGGGAGGGCUCCCAGGCGCGGCUGAAGGACAAAGUCACCAAAUUGGAGGCGGAGCGCAGGCAGAUGGAGGAGUCGCUGGGUGAAGCCGUGGAGCGGGAGCAGGAGCUGCUGCUGGCCAAGCGGUCGCUGGAGACGCGGCUGGAGGAGGCGCAGCGCGGGCUGGCCUGGCUGACUCAGGAGCAGCGGGAGCUGAGCGCGUCCCUCCAGGACGAGCAGCGGCAGAAGGAGCAGCUCCGGCGCGCCAAGGGGGAGCUGGAGGAGCAGAAACGCCUGCUGGACCGCACCACCGAGAAGCUGAACAGAGAGCUGGCGCAGAUGCCGGAGGAGUCGCACACCUCGCUGGCCGCGCUGCAGGCGGAGCUGGACGAGUUCAAGGAGAAGUCACGAAAGGAAGUCACCGACUCCCAGAAACAAGCCAAGGAGCGGGGCGCCGAGGUGGAGAAGAUGCAGAUCAACAUGGGACGGCUGCAGGACGAGGUCGCCCGGCUGAAGCAGGCGCUGCAGGAGAGCCACGCGGAGCGGGAGAGCGCGGAGCUGGACAAGGAGGUGUUGCUGCAGCGCCUGCACAACCUGGAGCAGGAGGUGGAGACCAAGAGGCGCUCGCAGGACGAUCGCUCGCGGCACCUCAAGGCGCUGGAGGACAAAUCCAAGCUCCUGGAGGUGGAGCUGGAGGAGGAGAGGACCACGGUGGAGCUGCUGACAGAGAGGGUCAACCGCAGCAGAGACCAGAACAAGGAGCUGAAGAGCCGCCUGGCCAGCUCAGAGGGGCUGCAGAGACCCAGCGGCAACGUCUCGCAGCUGGAGGAGCUGAGCAUCCAGAUCGACGACGAGCGGCAGCACGUCAGCGACCAGAAGGACCAGCUGAGCCUGAAGGUGAAGGCCCUGAAGCGCCAAGUGGAUGAGGCGGAGGAGGAGAUCGAGCGGCUGGAGGGCGCCCGCAAGAAGGCGCAGCGGGAGCUGGAGGAGCAGCACGAGCUCAACGAGCAGCUGCAGAACCGCAUCAAGGCGCUGGAGAAGGAUGCUUGGCGCAAAGCUGCCCGCUCGGCCACUGAUUCCUCGCUGCAGGAUGAGCAGCUCAGCUCGGAUGAGGAGUUUGACAGCGCCUACGGGCCCUCGUCCAUCGCUUCGCUGCUCAACGAGGCCAAUCUCCAGACCAGCUCCUGCUGA